AUGCCGCUCCUCAAUAUGCCACCGGAAGUAUUCGAGAAUGUCAUACACGAGCUAGUUACUCUUGCUGGUAUCCGUAGGGCUUGGAAGCUUCGUGGAGUCUGCCGUACCUUCAAAGCCACUAUAACAUAUAAUGUUUUUGCAAAGCAGCCUGUCAAGGCAUUCGGGUAUCGUACGCAGCGCAUCUUCAGUGAGAAUUCGGGACGAUACCUCUACUAUCGAAGCAAAGUACUUCUCGAUGCACAUCCCGAUCUUCCAAAUAUGGUAAACGACAUGGUCAACCACAUGGCCAAAGGAAUGAACAAGGAUACAGGAAACGAAAAGGAAACUUUGCGACAAGGUCUCUGUGACUCUCUCCAACUUUCCCAUGAAAAUCUCCUAUUCCGGUGGGUUUUCAGACGUGAGACACCAGGACUUCCAUUAGGCUGGAUAUAUCCUCAUCCCCCAUUCGGACAUCUCGAUAAGCUGGUGGCCGAAAUUUGCCUAGGAUAUCAUUCCCGUAUACCCGCAUUGAUGCAGGGACUACCAAGCUUUGAGGGCCACCAUAUCUUUGGUGCACCCCUGCAGCUUGCAACGAAGCUUGGUCACAAAGCUGUCAUGAAGGCAAUGCUGGAGAACAUUUCAGCAGUCCUGAAUGAUCCGAAUGAUCCGAGGUGCACACGGGAUGCUAUCAUAAUGGACAUGUGCAUAUUCGUGCAUCCAGGUCCCUCGAAGCUAUCCAUGAAGCAUUCUUUCAUAGGAGAUGCAGUCGUCACCGCAAUCUGUCAGAACGAUGAAGACCUCCUCAAUCUUUUGUUGGGCUGGUACAAGAGCCAUGCAUUCGCCAUACCGGCGAAGGUUUGGGAUCGCUUCUUGAAGACUGCAAUUACUCGGUCCAGCCUUGCAAUGAUUCGAGCUGUUGCUACACUCAGGAGCACCAGACGCCGUUCCGCUUGGAAGGUUAGAUGGAUUGAUUAUCAGACAGCGUGCGAGCACAAUCGCGAAGACGUAAUACGAUUCUUCCUCGAUCACGGCCACAUCGAUGUCAACAACAAGGCAGUUGCUUCAUCCCCACUAGUCAAGGCUGUGGUUGCAGGGCGCCCGAACAUCGUGAAGAUCCUUGUCGAAGCCGGUGCGGACGUGAAUUACGUAUCUACUUGGAAAUCGAAGCAGACAACAGCCAUCCUGGUCGCGAUCAAGAGGCGGAACUUCAAGAUAUCUCACUAUCUUCUGAAAAAGGGUUCACAUAUUCCUCAAAUCUCGAAUGUGUGGGAUGAGAGAGGUCUUAUGCUUUGCUACAAGUAUAUAAAGCUUAAAAGGAUGGAAGACGGCUGUCGCGGUUUUCCGUCCUACACAGAAUUCUGCGGUAUGUCACAUGAUGUGAGGGGCAAGCUUUGA